AUGACGCCGACCACACCAUCCACGAGGUGCCGCCUGCUCGAGCUUCCAAGAGAGUUACGGGACACGAUCUACGAGUACGCUUUCAUCGAUAGCAUUGCCAAACUAGGCCAGCGCGCUCCAGAUCCGCCUGCUACACCGUGCACCGCCACGAGUGUGUUCUUGACCUGCCAUCAAGUGUAUGCUGAAAGUGUAGACACAUUACGUCGUCAUCGCUACCACUUCCACUCCAAAGACAUUCGCGAUGCGAUCAAGGCGCUCUCGCAACUGUCACCCCAAGACUUCAUGCGCAUCCGCCUGGUCCAAUGCGUGCAUCACGAGGACGACAUGGGAAUGAUCUGCAGCAGCAGGGAUAUUGCACGACUCAAGACGAACCUCGCAUUUCUUCACCAGCGCGCGAAACCAGGCCAACCAACAGGCGGCCCUGUGAUCGAGAUCGUGCGAGACUCCGGAGAAGCGCUCUUCAAUUCGGAGAUUGGGAAUAUGAGAGAGUACAACGAAGCAAAGCGCCAGAAGCGGGAGAUGCGCAUUCGUAAGAUGGAACUGCAGCAAACUGAGCGCAUGCGCAAGAAGACUGAGAAGCUCAGAAAAAAGCUCUCCCCGAACAAGUUCUUCGACUACCAUAGCAAGCAGCUCUCACAAAUGCCCUAUGAGCAGGGAAGCGAGUCGGAAGGAGUGAGAUUUGGCCAGCAUACCAACCCAGUGCGUCGGAGACCCAUCUAG